AUGGCGAUCGAUCUCACCUCACCGGAACCAGAGACUUUCGAGAGGAUGGUGAUCGAUCUCACCUCACCGGAACCAGAGACUGUCAUAUCACAUGGUGAAGUUGAUCACUCCGACUUUCUGAAACACGUAAACCCUAGCAGACGCUCAGUGAGUCAAGAUCGGUGCCCCCCGCACCCCAUCGAUCUCAACCAAGCCGCUCAGCCAGCAGCCAUCCACCAGCGGCCUCCCCAGAACAGGCAGAGCCCGGGGAUCCAUGAGAUACGGGCCGCGUUCCGGGGCCCAGCAUUGGAACGUGUUGAGAGAAUAAAGUCUGCAUUCUCACGGGCAUUCUCAAGGGCUCAAACAGCCGGUUCCUCACUCCCGGACAGAGUCACAUCUUUCCUUGCUGCCGCUGCCGCUGACGCCGACCAGAAAGCACCUUUGAGGUCCACAGCUCGAAAUUCGCAUGUCAAUGAAAGAACCAGCACUUCAUCCCUACCAAAAAAGCCGUCCUGGGCUCCUUUGGCCGUCGCCAAAGACCCCGAAGCUUUCAGUGGCGAAGUGGUGAUCGAGAAAAACCGAGCUGCAGCAAAGAGACUGGCAUUGAGUAUGCACGAGGUCCCGUUGUUUCGUGAUGGGGUUUACAACUACAUAUUUUGGACAGAUGGAUCGGUCAUGAACAAUUACGAUGUAUCUUUAGCAGGCGCCGCAGCAGUGUGGCUGGACCCCGAACAUCGAAAAUGGUAUUCAGUGAAAGAGAACUCCGACGUACCUUUCAUGAAAUCUGACCAGGCAGAGUUGCUUGGAAUCGAGAUUGCCCUCUCGCAUGCCCACAAGUUCAUUGGGUUAUUCCACAAGUGUCACCCCUCCAGUCUAAAACAUCGUCACGAAGUGUUUAUUUUUACUGAUUCGAGCGGAUCACUGGAAAUGAUCAAAAAAGCGCACCUGACGCCACUUCUAAGAGAUCCGAUCAGACGCUACUUGCUCAAAAGGAUUGUCAAAGCUAGCACGGAUCUGCAACAGUUGGGCGCAGGUACACAUUUGCAUUGGGUUCCUGGCCAUAACGGAGUCUUCGGAAACCAGACUGCCGAUAAGGAAGCCAGGGAAGCUGCGCGCAGUGGGAUGCAAGGACAGCCAUCAUCCACGAGUGCCGUCUCUCAAUGGAACCCGAUACCCGAUAUGAUGGAGAGCGCUGAUCCAGUCACCAGCACACAUAUGUCGAUUCAUACUACAGCCGACCCUACCCAUGUCCCACAACACGGAUUGUUUAAUCCUGGGGAAUAUCCAUUCGGUGCCGCAUCACCAAUCAUCAUACGAUUCCCAAAGAGUGCCUGA